UUCUACUGGUAUAAAAGGCGUCUCUGUACUCAUAUCAAUCAGAAUCAGAACGAUCUUCGACUCGAUCGCAUACCAGCAUCCAACUCAAACCCCUAACCAGCAAUCAUGAAGUGCAUCGCAGCUGUAGUCAUGGUGGCUCUGGCCGUCGUCGCUGAGUGCGGCCUCAUUCCGGCUCCGGUGGUGUACUCUGCUCCCCAGACGACUGUCGUCCAGCAGAAUGUGGCUCCGAAGUACGUGGUUUCGGCCCCUCUCGCGUACGCCGCUCCCGCUUACUCCUAUGCCGCUCCGUCCUACUCCUAUGCUGCGCAAACCGUCUCCCAUGCCGUCCCAGCCGUCUCGUAUGCCCGUGUCGCCUCAGUAGCUCCAGUCGCCUACUCCGCGCCAUCGUUCUACGCUGAUUCGGAUGUGGUGGAAGCUGCUCCAGUGGCCGUAGCUUCUGCUGCCACCGUCGUCGCUCAGCCUGCCGUGGCUGUUGUCGCCCAGAAGCAGGCUCGCUAUGUUGCUGCCAACCGUGGCGCCGUCCACGAGGCUCCUCUGGCCGGACAUGCCGUCAACCAGCAGUCCCUGAACCUUGAAGCUGCACCUGGAACUCUGUAAACAUAAUUUAUUAUCCAUGUACAAAAUCAAGUCGCGCUUAGAACAUAAACGAAAUAAACUUGAACAUGUUUCAAAGUGAAAUGAUGAUUUGUUUCAUAUGCUUGAUGAGCUGACGCUUGUGUUAAAGAAAUUUAGUAAUAUUGGGUUGGAUUUAAAAUUAAUUGGUUUGUCAAACACUAGAAUGCAUUGAAAACUUAAAAUUUAGGAUAAUGUAGAAAACCAAUCAUAUUUUGAGUUAAAUAUUCCAUUUAUUUACAAUUUCACAUACAUUUGCUUGAGAUCACAGUCAUUUACGCCACAAUCGACUUCUGGUUGACCAGAUGGCCUGGUAGAGGGGCCACAUGGACGGCUCCCGGGUUGGCAGCAACGUACUUCGCAGCAUGACCCUGGACUGGGAGGUAGUUGUUGUAUCCGUAGCCGUAUCCGUGACCGAGACCGUAUCCGUGCUCCACACCGUAUCCUCCAUACAGACCCAGCGGGCUGACCGUUGUAGAGCCUUCUACUCCGUACUCUUUAUUCUAUCUUCCGACGACACUACUCCCAAACCUUACUCUACGAAGCUCUAAUCUAUUCUGCCACUUUGAUCUCUUAUCUCCUUGCAUCAUCUCGAUCUCUUAUCUCCUUGUCUUCCCACGCAUCUCGAUCCUCUCACGCAUUUCGCCUCUCACACAAUGCUUAGGCUACGUUGCAUCAAUCCUGCCACUUGGAUCUCUUAUCUCCCUGCAUCCUCUCGACCUGGUCUUCUCACGCAUCUCGAUCCUCUCACGCAUUUCGCCUCUCACACAAUGCUUAGGCUACGUUGCAUCAAUCCUGCCACUUGGAUCUCUUAUCUCCCUGCACCCUCUCGACCUGGUCUUCUCACGCAUCUCGAUCCUCUCACGCAUUUCGCCUCUCACACAAUGCUUAGGCUACGUCUGCACGAGUAACGCGACCGAGGUCGCUACAUCUCAUUACACUUUUUUUGUUUUGUUUUAGAUCUUUUACUUGCGAGCCUAAUGCUUUGUGUUGUCCUUGACUACGUUCUUCUUUUCGGGAUCAAGUAGGAAAACUGAUGUACAAUAGGCUUCCCUCA